AUGAUCAGCGCAGUGCUUGUUUUCAACAACAAUGGGCAACCGCGGAUGACUAAGUUCUACGAAAAUCUGGAAACAAGUACUCAGCAGACGCUUCUCAAGCAGAUCUUCGACCUGGUGGCGGCAAGACCGGCAUCUGCCUGCAACUUUCUGCCGCUACCACCACUUCUAGCUCCCAACGGCAACGAGGCCUCGCCCGACGUUCCCACGCAGAUUGUGUAUCGUCACUUUGCCACCUUGUAUUUCAUCCUCAUUUCGACGUCUACAGAAUCACCACUCGCGCUGAUUGAUUUCAUCCAAGUAUUUGUGGAGGCACUGGAUCGGUUAUUCGAGAACGUAUGUGAGCUGGACCUGAUCUUUGGUUUCGAGACACUACAUGCUGUGCUGAGCGAGAUGAUCGUUGGCGGCGUCGUGGUUGAGACCAGCCUUGACAAGAUCAUAGAGGGCGUCAGAGCCAGCGGAGCUGUGCAAUCACGACGGAAAGCUGUCAACGCGAGAGAUGCUGGCAGUCUGUCGAGAGGCUCUGCAUUUGCCGGCAUCUGGGGACGGUAG